UUGGAGUUUGAGUAAUAAAACUUGCUAACACCCCUAAAAAAAUUAGCAAACCCUAGCCACGCCUCAUCCCCUCCUCUUCGCCGCCGACGCAUCCGCCGCCGCCGAUCCAAGGCAAGCAUGGCAGGCAGCCAACCAGGCGAAAGCAACGGCGGUGCCACGGAUUCCAUCCUUACCGUUGCCGGACAGAUGAAGCCGUUUCCUGCGUACGCUAUUAGCCUGUUCCGCGACUACGACCUCGAGGGCGUCACGGCCGCGUUGGCCAAAGUUGUCAAUUGCUCGUACGAGGUACAGAUGGAAGCCUUCACUAAGGCUCUGGAACAGUCCAAGUAUUCUGGUGCCAUUGGAGCAUUCCCCAACGAAGGCAAGGCCAAGGACGAGGAAGAGGAUGAAGAUGAGGAGGGCGUGGUGGAUGAAGAUGAGGAGGACGUGGUGGAUGAAGAUGAAGACGACGAGGUGGAUGAAGAUGAGGAGGACCGUGAAGAUGAAGAUGAUGAGAUACUGACGCCUGCUACUGAUGGACAGUUUCAAGUCCCUUAUGAAGGCGAACGAGAGCGCAAGAAGCCAAGACUAGCAGAAGGCUUUGGGUGCCAGGCUGAGGCUGACGUUUAGUCAGUAAUGAUUUAUGUGUCCGUUGAUUGAAGCAACAAGAGGCAUUUCGACAGUGACUGCAUUGUUGUUUCCCCUGUGGAUGUCUUCAAAAAUGGGCCUCGGUUAUCAUUUGCCAUCUGUAAACAAGAUCUAUUAUAUGACUGCAUCCGUAAGAACAUGUUUCAUCCUGAAUAACAUGAUUGUCAUUCGUAUUGUUGGCAUGCUUGGUA